CGCUGCUGCUGCUGCUGCUUCACCCCCCGCAUCCCCCGGCCCAUCCCGCGCGGCCCGCGGGGCCCCGCCGCCCUCCCGCCGCCCUCCCCGUAGCCCCGCGGUGCCCGCGCCGUGCCCGCCAUGCUCUCCGGGGCUCCGCCGCCGCCGCCCGCCGGCUUCCCCAGCCCGCCGCCGCCGCAGCCGCCGCCGCCGCCGCCGCCCGCCGCUCCCCCGCACGGGCCGCCGCCGCCGCCGCCGUUCCUGCCGGGGAAGGGCGGCCUGCAGAUCCGGAAGAAUGCCAUCACGGACGACUACAAGGUCACCACGCAAGUGCUGGGGCUCGGCAUCAACGGGAAAGUUUUGGAGAUCUUCAGUAAGAAGAGCGGCGAGAAGUUCGCGCUCAAGAUGCUGCAGGACUGCCCCAAGGCCCGCAGGGAAGUGGAGCUGCACUGGCGGGCGUCGCAGUGCGCGCACAUCGUCCGCAUCAUGGACGUCUACGAGAACCUCUACCAGGGGAGGAAGUGUCUGCUCAUCGUCAUGGAGUGCCUGGAUGGUGGGGAGCUCUUCAGCCGCAUCCAAGACAGGGGAGACCAGGCCUUCACAGAACGGGAGGCUUCAGAGAUCAUGAAGAGCAUUGGGGAAGCCAUCCAGUACCUGCACUCGAUCAACAUCGCGCACCGGGACGUGAAGCCUGAAAACCUGUUGUACACCUCCAAAAGGCCCAAUGCUGUGCUAAAACUCACAGACUUUGGCUUUGCUAAAGAAACCACCACGCACAACUCCUUGGCCACUCCGUGCUACACGCCGUACUACGUGGCCCCGGAGGUGCUGGGCCCAGAGAAGUAUGACAAGUCCUGUGACAUGUGGUCCCUUGGUGUCAUCAUGUACAUUCUGCUGUGUGGGUACCCCCCCUUCUACUCCAACCACGGCCUGGCCAUCUCUCCUGGCAUGAAGAAGCGAAUCCGAAUGGGCCAGUACGAGUUUCCCAAUCCUGAAUGGUCCGAGGUGUCAGAGGAAGUGAAGCAGCUGAUCCGUAACCUGCUGAAGACGGACCCGACCCAGCGCAUGACGAUAACGGAGUUCAUGAACCACCCCUGGAUCAUGCAAUCCAUGCAGGUGCCCCAGACCCCGCUGCACACCAGCCGGGUGCUGAAAGAGGAGAAGGAUCUGUGGGAGGAUGUGAAGGAGGAGAUGACAAGCGCUCUGGCCACCAUGAGAGUGGACUACGAACAAAUCAAGAUCAAGAAAAUCGAAGAUUCCUCGAACCCUCUGCUGAUGAAGAGGAGGAAGAAAGCCAACCCCACCGAGCCCGCCGCGCUCCCCCACUGAGGGUGCCCCGCGCCCGCCGGCCCCCGAGAAAGCAAUAACUAUAUAUAUUAUAUAUUUUUUAAGGAAAAAAAAAAAAAAAAAAGACGAGACGGACUGUUGUACCGAGCGCAUGGAAUCCAGACAUUUAUACCAGACUAGUUAUUUUUAGCUACUCACCUGUGUUUCUGACCUUUCUGGAGCAGGUGGUAAGAUCCCCAUCCUGCAGCCCCCCCGGGAUUUUGUCCUGUAGGUGAACGCCGCCGAUAAUUGGAUUUUUAUUUUUCUUUCGUGAGACAAUUUUGAUUUAUAUUUCUUUUUUUUUUUUUUCCUUCCUUCCUUCCUUCCAAAGACACGGAAAACUCCUGUGGUGACCUUUUUAGGGUAUAUAACGUAUAAAUAUUUUUUAAAAAAAAAUAACUACUGUAGAGCUGAAAGCCAGGCAGCGUGUUCCCUGUGUGGAUGCUGGCUAGAGGUGGGCUCCAGGCUUGGGAGUGGGUUGAGGGGGACAGGGAAGGAGAGCUGCCUUCCCCCCUGUCCUGCUCUACGUGGCAGGUCUGGCAUGGGGGGUUCCCUGUGGCCACCGUGCUGCUUCACUGGCCAGGAAACAGCUGCUUUUCAAGCACAGUAGCCAAACCCAGCCCCCCCAGCUGUCCCUGAGCUGGAAGCCUGGCCUCUGCCCCGCCGUCCGUGUGGUCUGUCUGUGCGUGGGGUGUGUGUCGUGUCCGUGGGCCCGGAGCUGCUCGUGGCUCCCCUGCCGUGGCCACCACAGUCUGUGCCUGUGCCUGGAAUCCAGUUCUGACCUCAGGGGUGGGCAGGGGGGGUGAGCAGGAGGCCAGUGCCUGCCCCCCCAUAUAUCCCCCUGCUCUGCAGGGAUCUGGGGAAAAGAUGUGUCCCUGCUGCCCCUCCCUGAUCCCACAGCCCCCGCUCCAGGGAGAUGCUGUCCUGGGGGUCCCUGGGGAUAAGCGGGUGGCACGGGGCUGUGUCUUGAGCCAGGACAGCAGCACUGACCCCCUCCCUGGCCAGAGCUGGGGGUCCUGCUGCCCCCCCCCCCCAGCGUGGCUCCUGCUGGGAGCAGGACGGCUGCUCUGAAGUCUUUAGUCCAUGAAUUAUUAUUAUUAUUAUUUGUCACGAUGUUUCACUUCGUUAAAUGUGUUCGAAUGGGGGGGGGAGGGGAAAUGAUUUUUUAAGGCAAUGUUUAGUUUUUAGGUGAUCUUUUAGACACUGUAUGGAACUUCAAUUUGUUUUAAGAACCGGUUUUUAUCCCCUUUUUUUUUCCUUUUAUUUUUUUUUUAAUUAUUUUUGUCUGUUGGCUUAUACUAAUCUUCCCGGUCUGCUCUUCAGUCCUUUGGAUUAAAGACACUUAAAGCGUCA